CUCGUCUCGACUAGCCUUGGACCCUGAAGUCCACAAUGGCGGCGCCCGGUGGUACUCUAAACUGUGAGGACUUUUCAAUGUUUCAGGAUGUCCUGAAAGCCAUGCGAACCCUGGAUGACCGUAUUGUCCAUGCGCUCAACACCACUUUGCCCACUGCAUCCUUUUCUGGAAAAGUGGAUGCCACCCAGACUUGCAAAGAUCUUUAUGAAUCUCUAAUAGAUGCCCAUACCAGCAGAGACAAGGCUAUAAAGACCUGCAUUGCAGAGACCUCAGCUGUGGUGGGAAGACUACGGGAAGAGAGGUCAAAGGAUAGCGAUAACCUGUCACUCAUGAAGCAACUCAGGAAAGAGCAGACCAAGUUAAAGAUGAUGCAGUCAGAACUGAAUGUUGAAGAAGUCGUCAAUGACCGAAGUAUGAAGAUUUUCGUUGAAAGGUGCCGAAUCCACUACAUACCUCCCAAGAUCCAGUGAAGAUGUUCUUCUCUGGCUAGAACGAGUGAGCUAAUUACAGGUCCAUGUGUUUUGGUCUGUGGAACAGAACUGGAGUCAAGCUGUGACCGGAGCCUCAAAGACCUCUGAACCUUCAGGCUGUCCACACAACACCCGUCACCCCCCACCAACUGCCAUCACCGCCCACCGGUUAUCGCCGCGUUGUCUCAGAGGCGCCUGGGCACGCCACCCGUAGUCAACCAACUCUGUUUCUUUUCAUACUUACAUGUAAAAAAUUGUUUUUUUAAAACAAAGAAAUGUUUUUCCAGCGGCA